GCAAAGAUGGCGAGCGCGACAGGAGCGACUCCGAGCGGGGCGGACGACAGUCUUCAGCGGAAGAUGUCGCUGCGGAGAUGUGAACUCUGUAAUACAGAAGCAGCAAAAUACAGAUGCCCUCGAUGUAUGACAUAUUCAUGCAGUUUGGCUUGUGUGAAAAAACAUAAAGCUUUAUCCAGCUGUAAUGGAAUCAGAGAAAAGGCAGCCUUUGUUUCCAUGAAUGAGUUCAGCAACUUAACUCUUCUAAGUGAUUAUCGAUUUCUAGAAGAUGUGGGAAGAAUGGCUGACCGAGCUGCUCGAGAUGUUAUUUCUCAUAAACCAAGAAGUAAUCGAUUUGUAAACUUUCUGAGAAACCGAGCUCGAAGGUACAAGAUCUGCUUACAAACUUUACCAAUUGGAUUCACAAAGAGACGAGAGAAUUCUACAUUCUAUAGCAAUAAGGAACAAAAGUUCUACUGGCACUUGAAGCUCAUAUUUCCUCACAGUCAUGCUAAAUUCACAGAACAAAGGGUGCCAGACGAUAAACCAUUGUGUGAUAUUUUGAAGACAUAUAUUGAUCCUCAAGAAUCUGAUCCAGUCAAGCAGCAAAGAUUAAAAAUCUACACAAUGUCUCCCCAGUCAAACAUACAAGUUCUGAUGAAAGUAGAAAAUAGGCCACAUAAUUCCAUCAGGUAUGAAGAAUUGGAUGCCAGCAAAAGCCUUCUAGAGAAUUUGAAAGGGAAGGUUGUAAUUGAAUAUCCAACUCUGCAUGUGGUAUUGUGGAAAUUCAAGACAGAUAUGUUGAUUCUUGGCCAGAGCAUGAACAAAGAAAUCAAUCCAUCUAACAAAGACCCAAUUAAGGAAAGUUCUUCUGAGGAAGAAGGGGAAAUCCAUGAUAGCUCCUGAAGAUACCAAUGCAGAUACAGAUUGGAGUAUUUUAUAUUACACUUAUCAUUUUAAAGACAUAUUCAGCAAAUAUAUUUGUUUUGUCAUUUUUUUUAAAAAAUCCCAAAUA